UCGGACCAGAGUAAAAGUGCUGCCGGGACACCACAGGGACAAAAGGACUCGGAACUCGGGAGAGAAGGUCGCAAAAUCAGGGUCGGGGAUGAAACGUCGUGCGGAGAGGCCCAGAGGUCGGGGCAGAGCGGGGACCCGCGGGUCGACCUGCAGGGCUCAGAGCUCUGGAACCGCUUCUAUGAGAUCGGCACUGAGAUGAUCAUCACCAAAGCUGGCAGGAGAAUGUUCCCGUCGGUACGGGUCAAGGUGCGAAACCUCGACCCCUGUCAGCAAUACUACAUCGCCAUGGACGUGAUGCCCGUGGACUCUAAACGCUACAGGUACGUCUAUCACAGCUCGCAGUGGAUGGUGGCGGGAAACACGGACCACUCGUGCAUCUCCCCGCGCCUCUACGUGCACCCGGACUCGCCGUGCGCGGGAGAGACAUGGAUGCGUCAGGUGAUCAGCUUCGACCGCGUGAAACUGACGAACAACGAGAUGGACGACAAGGGACACGUCAUUCUUCAGUCCAUGCACAAGUACAAGCCCCGUGUGCACGUGAUACGACACGACCCGCGCGCAGACCUGUCCCAGAUGCAGACGCUACCUGCCGAGGGGGUGCACAGCUUCUCCUUCCCCGAGACCGAGUUCACCACGGUGACGGCCUAUCAGAACCAACAGAUAACUAAGUUGAAGAUCGACAGGAACCCGUUCGCCAAGGGCUUCAGAGAUCCAGGGAGGAACAGGGGGGUGUUAGACGGACUGUUGGAGUCCUAUCCUUGGAGAGGUCCUCUGAAUUUGGACUUUAAACCUUUUACACUUCAGCUCCACGGAAGUCCCCAUUCCCUGGGCACCAGCGGCUCCUCUCUGAAGUCCCUCCUCCCCCUCUCCCCCCCUCCGUCUCACCCCUUCUGCCUCUCCUCGCUGGGCCACCAGGACGCCGGUCUGCACGCGCUCAGUCUGCCCCUCUACGGGAAGAGCUCCGGCGGGCCCCUCCUCCUCCCCCCGCUGGCCGGCCGAGGCUUCUCCUCCCUGGGCCCCGACCGGCUGAGGGCCCUCCCCCACUUCUCCCCGCUGGCCGACCUCUCGUUCCUCUCGGCCCUGCAGGCCAAGAAGGCCGCCCACUGUAAGGACCCCUAUCUCCAGGGGCCCCCCCCCGGGACCUCCUCCUGUCUCGUUCCUCUGCAGGGCCCCUUCGGCCCCCGGGGGCCCGGGUCCGCCUCGCUCGCCCCCCACCUCGGGGACCCCCCCGGGCCCUACUGUGUGUACCGCUACAGCCUCCCCCUCGGGCCGCACUUCGCCGCGCUGUCCUGCCACGGCGUGCUGGCCCAGGACGCCGCCGACCGUCUGCUGCGACGGUCGCCAUGGCUACCGGCGGCCGCCAACCAGUGCCUCUGACGGGUCGAGGCCGCAGCAGUGACCCGGCCGUGCCACGCA